AGGUCCCGGCGUGCUUUGCGAUCCUGCCGUACAAAAGCAUGGCGGCGCUCAGGGCCCCGCCCUGAUCCCAGGAUGCACCGGGGAGUAGGUCCGGCCUUUGGGGUGGUCAGGAAGAUGGCGGCCUCUGGGGCGGAGCCGCAGGUCCUGGUACAAUACUUGGUGUUACGAAAGGAUCUAUCACAAGCUCCGUUCUCCUGGCCGGCGGGCGCACUGGUAGCGCAGGCUUGUCACGCGGCCACCGCGGCCUUGCACACUCACCGCGACCACCCUCACACAGCCGCUUACCUCCAAGAGCUGGGGCGCAUGCGCAAGGUGGUCCUCGAGGCCCCAGAUGAGACUACCCUAAAGGAGCUGGCCGAGACCCUGCAACAGAAGAACAUUGACCACUUGCUGUGGCUUGAGCAACCAGAGAAUAUCGCCACUUGUAUUGCUCUCCGGCCCUACCCCAAGGAAGAAGUGGGCCAGUAUUUGAAGAAGUUCCGAUUGUUCAAAUAACCGCUGCUUUGAUGGGUUUGAAUACCAGCUGGAUCCAACAGCAGGCCACCCAUUCCAAAGCAUCAUGUGCUCCUUGCAGUGUCAGCUUGCUCCUGUCUUUCAGUUGUGACAAUUUCUUGAGGGUUAAGCACAUGUUCAUAUUAAAGUUGUCAUUAAUAACUA